CAAGCCCUGCUCUUGCUGGGAUCUUUUGCAAUACAGAUUUGCACUGUUCACGAUUGAAAAUUUGUGAUGCUGAUACAUGCAAGACUGCGACUAUUUCCAUUGGAGAGGUAGUUUGCGAUGCAAAUGCUCCCAAGUUCUGGGCUGGGGGCAUUUUUCAUUGUAAUGCCCUCUUUCAUCCGUGCUGCUUCUCUGCCCAACUCUGUCAGCCUGCCACGUUUAGAAGACCUUAUCGCGCCUGAGAGUGAGUGUCAGAAAACUUGCUUUCAGUGGAUGCUGGCAGGGAUCGAGAAAGCUCUGGCGACGGUUUCACCUGCAAGCGCUAGACCGGCGGGAGCAGAUGGUUUUUUCUAUGCAACAAGCAUUUAUGAUGAGAAUGACCGAGCCCCGGUUGUUCUUCCGUUAGUCGCAGAUAAACUUCGGUAUGUUGCUAUUGUGAGGCAAAAUCCCCCCUCCCCAUAUCGAAAAGGCACGUUUCCGAAAAUUUGUGUUGCUGAUUUGAGGUCACAAAUCACAUCUGUCUUGCAAGAAGACAAGGGCAAAAGCUUCGCCCCCAUUAUGGAGGCGAUUUGUCAUGCUGUUGGGCCUAAAGGGGGGCCGUUUGCCAUGCUGAACAACUAGACCGACACGCCCCUAGCUAGCCUGGGGAACUGGCUGCAAUGCCUUCCUGCAAUACAAAGCUGAUUUGUGUACACAAAUCCAGCAUCACAAAAUCCGUUUUGAUAUGGGGAGGGGGGUUUUUUCCUCUCAAUAGUUGCACUUCGUGUGAGUUUGGGGCAGCGAGGCGUGGACCACCCGAUCCAGGUGCUAUCGACCGUUCCAUGUAUACGUGUCUGGGAUGUGAGCUACAUUGCUUUGAGCGCGUUAUUCGACGAAGGGUUUACUAUUUAUUUUUGAAUUUGCAGAGUUUUCUACGAGCAGAAUUUGCUUGUUUGUCCCGGCGACCCUAGUUCUGAUGAUGAAAAGGGCUAUAGCAUAAAGUCAUGGUCAGUAAGGCAUCGUAAUCGUUGAUGUUUCAGUAUAAGCGCUUCUAAUUUGUUUUGCAGCACGAGCGCCACGCCGGAAAAUAUAGUUUCUUGUUUGGGCACGCGCACGGGCACCUCUGUAUACAAGUCAACGCGACCACUGUCGCCUGGCACAAGGGCGCUUCUUGCGAUUUCAUCGCGUAUUUCGUAUGCAUAUCGAAUGCAAAUAUGUCUGGUUCUGGAGAUUUGUCGUGAUGCAAGAUGAGCAGACUCUGAUGCGCUGCCAAGCAUGACAAGUUUUUCCGUGGUUCUGAGUUGCGUACACCGGCGCAUGAGAAACUGCGUGUUUGCAUGACAGGCAAGAGGAGCUCUUUGCGGCCGCGCAAUACAAAGUUCAGAGUCAUGCUAGACAUGCAUGACAAAUCUCUAUCUCGCAAUCUCCCAGACCCAGACAUAUUUGCGGUUGAUAAUGCAGCUUGGAUGACUCGUUCUAGGACCAGACACGUAUACACAUCCAUACACCAUCGUGCACGACUAUCUAACCGACCUUGACGACGAUGGGCUGUCCCUUAUGACAUGUGGAACCAAACACCUGGCCCUCGGUUUUUUUGCUAUAUUUGCUGUUUAUAAAAAUAGUUUGUCGUGUCCAAAUCAGGCACACCAAGUGACACUGGUCUGCUGGGAAACAGAUGCGCAGCUCUACUGGAUCUGUAUGAGGACGCAACUUGCUUUAAUGCGUUCUUGACGUAGCAGGUGGCCAGGGGCAGGGGCAGAACAACUUUUACUUUUUCGACGGCAUUUAUAUCAAUGUGAAUUUACAGCAUUUUGCUAUCGUCCUCCUGGCAAAAAAUGUCGUUAUUGCAUUGUUGUACAUGCUUUUCCUGCAGACGACGCAACACAGACCACGUCUCACCGACACUGAGGCUUUAAUACAUUUGAGGCUUCAACAUCUUCGUGGGCGGGUGUUCAUUAUUUUCAACUUUACAUCAUCAAGCCUUGGCGAUGAGGAUCGUGCGGUGCUCAAAAAUGAUCGCACAGCCCGAACAGGUUGGCUCAGAUUCCGUGGCGAAAGUGGGCGGGAAUUUGAGCUCAAGUACGUGGCGCGGGGAAGUUUUUGGGGUCCGCUCGAGGACGACCCCGGUCCGGGUUGGCGUAACGUUGGUUUCGUGCUCUCUGGGCCAAGACCGGUUGCGCAACAGCGGCGGUGAAUGUCGCUGCAAUUUUUCUCCGGAACAUCAAACGGGUUACUUACGGUGCACGUACAUCAAACGGUUACUUAAGUGACAAAACAGCGUUACAAAUUGAUGAUAGAAAAAUGAGAUCAACUGUCAUUCAAGGCCACAAAUUUACACUUGCAAGUGCUACCACCUAGUCACUGUAUAAUUUUUUUGUUUUUACACCGACCUGACCACUGUUUGAGCCAAUGUAGACCAUGAAAAGUGGUCUCAAAUCAGCUAUCAACCGUUAGUAGAAAUCUUCUGUACUACAAUUUUACGUUUCGAAACAGCAUGAUAAGAUCGUUCUUUCAUAUUUGUGCCAAGGGAAAAUUCUAAAAAUACCAUCAUGAUCCUAUACAAAAAUUAAAAUUUAGAAGUGAAAAACCGAAGUAAAUACACAUCAGCUUUUCUCUUUUUUAGAAUAUAGCGGUGUGUAGCCACAGUAAGUUAUUGAUUCCGUGUGAAGAAUCAAGAUAAACGUCUUUUGAGUUUUUUCCUGAUGAGUUGUUUUUUGGCAAGAAAAAGUGAGGAAAGGAAGAAAGAGACUUUUCCUUCUCAUGCUGAAAAUGCAACACAAACUGAAUUUUCCAACUCAGCUGAACAGUCUUUUGGGAAUACAU